UAAUAACUGAUAAUAAAAUGAAAUAUGAUGAAAAUUUUGAGUUAUUCCUUUAAAUCUGUAAUUUAUAUAACUUUAAAAUUUACCAUUUUGUUGUACUAUUUAAAUCAUCCAUUUUAAUAGUAUUGGUAUUAUGUCUCGACAAAGUACAAGAUUGGACGUCAAAAAAGUUAAUUCAGAAUUAUUUACUUUAACUUAUGGUGCCAUAGUAUCACAACUUAUGAAAGACUACGAAAAUGUUGAAGAUGUUAACAAACAGUUAGAUCGAAUGGGUUAUAACAUUGGUGUGCGAAUGGUUGAAGAUUUUUUAGCACGUACUAAUGCUGGAAGAUGUUAUGAUUUGAGAGAAACAGCUGAUAAAAUUCAGUAUGCGUUUAAAAUGUAUUUGGGUAUUACUCCAGCUUUAACUAAUUGGAGCGCUGCUGGAGAUGAGUUUUCAUUAACAUUUGACACUAAUCCAUUAACGGAAUUUGUUGAACUACCUGAUAAUUAUCAAAAUCUCAAAUACAGCAAUAUACUUUGUGGAGCCUUGAGAGGAUCAUGUGAAAUGGUACAAAUGGAUAUAUCAUGUUGGUUUGUACAAGAUCAAUUAAAAGGUGAUUUAGCCACUGAAUUACGAAUUAAGUUCAACAAACGGCUAGAAGAUGCUAUACCUGCUGGAGAAGACUAAUUAGAACUUGCACAAUUCUGUAAA